UCCACGCUGCAGCCAGACACCCCUUGCUUCUCUCAACUAGGCAGCUUUGGCGUAACAACUGCGACCUCGACCUUGGAGAGCAACUCCUACGUGUUGUGUGUCAAAUUUGGAAGCGGCAAGCCAGCUAUGGCAGAAGUGUCAGAGCGCGGCUUAUACUCGGCCCUCUUUCUCAGCUUCGCGGCCGGAGUGCUGAUAGGCUGGCAGGCGAACAGGCAGCGCAGGAAGUACCUUGACUGGAAGAAGAAGAGACUACAUGACAAGUUGGUGGAGACACAGAAGAAGCUGGAUCUGUCCUGAGCCUUCAGUAGUACUGCUCUGUUCUGCUCCGCUCCAUGGAUCCCUGCUAUAUGUCAGUACAGGUC